CAGGGCUUCUACUAGGCAAGGCUCACCAGCCUUGGGCUGCAGCGCCGCUGCUGCGACAGAGCACCUGUGGCAGCACAGGACCAGGUUGGGGAGCCACAGUCCUUGACCCAGUGGGGGUUUCCUCGCAAGACCACUCUGCACAUCUGUUCAGCUCCUGUUCUGUCCCACUAUCCUGAAAGAGUCACAGCUCAUUUUGCCAAGAUGUCCAAGGUAGCCAAGUACCGCCGGCAGGUGAGCGAGGAUCCUGACAUCGACAGUCUGCUGUCCACCCUGUCUCCCGAAGAGAUGGAAGAGUUGGAGAAGGAACUGGAUGUGGUGGAUCCAGACGGGAGCAUUCCCGUGGGGCUGCGGCAGAGGAACCAGACGGACAAACAGUCCACGGGUCAAUACAACCGGGAAGCCAUGCUCAACUUCUGCGAAAAGGAGACCAAGAAGCUGAUCCAGAGAGAGAUGUCCGUGGACGAGAGCAAGCAAGUGGAGACCCAGGCAGAUGCCAAGAAUGGAGAAGACAGGGGCAGAGAUGCCAGUAAAAAAGCUCUGGGCCCCAGACAGGAUUCAGACCUGGCCAAAGAGCCCAAGAGGGGCAACUUAAAGAAAACCUUCCCCAAAGACCGAGAGGAAGCCGACGGCAAACGCGGGGAGAAGCCCAAGGAGGAGAAGGUCAUCAGGGGCAUCGACAAGGGCCGGGUCAGGGCCGCAGUGGACAAGAAGGAGACGGGGAAGGAUGUGAGAGGAGAGGAGAGGACAGCGGCCACCAGGAGAGAAGAGGAGAAGAAAGGCAGUGACAGGAACACAGGCUUGAGUAGGGACAAGGACAAGCAAAGAGAGGAAGUGGUCAAGAAAGAGGACGUGGAGAAGGUAAAAAGGGACGGCGGAAGCACAGAUGUCACCAGGAGAGAGGAGGAGCGCCUGAAAAAGGCAGGCGGAGACACAGACAGGAAAAAGGAGGCUGAGGGGACGAAAAGAGGAACCGGGGACAAGGACACGAAAAAGCAGGAAGAAAAAGCAAAGAAGGAGGAAAAGGAAGUCGAGGAAGACAGCAAGACCAAGGCAGCAGAAAAGCAGUCCCCCGGGGCCACCGGCCAGGCCGCAGAGGGGCCGGCCAAGCCAGAGGAGGAGGCAGCGCCCAGCAUUUUUGACGAACCCCUGGAGAAGGUAAAGAACAAUGACCCGGAGAUGACCGAGGUGAAUGUCAACAACUCAGACUGUAUCACGAAUGAGAUCCUGGUCCGGUUUACCGAGGCCCUGGAGUUCAACACGGUGGUCAAGGUGUUCGCCUUGGCCAACACACGGGCUGAUGAUCACGUGGCCUUCGCCAUCGCCAUCAUGCUCAAGGCCAACAAGACCAUCACCAGCCUCAACCUGGACUCCAACCACAUCACGGGCAAGGGCAUCCUGGCCAUCUUCCGGGCCCUCCUCCAGAACAACACGCUGACUGAGCUGCGCUUCCACAACCAGCGGCACAUCUGCGGGGGCAAGACCGAGAUGGAGAUCGCCAAGCUGCUCAAGGAGAACACCACGCUGCUCAAGCUGGGCUACCAUUUUGAGCUGGCCGGGCCCCGGAUGACAGUUACCAACUUGCUCAGCCGCAACAUGGACAGGCAGCGACAGAAGCGGCUGCAGGAACAAAGGCAGGCCCAGGAAGCCAGCGGGGAGAAGAAGAAGGAGCUGCUGGAGGUGCCCAAGGCUGGGGCCUUGGCCAAGGGCUCCCCCAAAUCUUCACCCCAGCCAUCUCCAAAGUCCGCUUCAAAGAACUCGCCCAAGAAAGGGGGUGCUCCUGCUGCGCCGCCCCCUCCCCCUCCUCCACUGGCUCCUCCCCUUAUCAUGGAAAACCUGAAGAACUCUCUCUCACCAGCCACCCAGAGGAAGAUGGGGGACAAAGUCCACCCUGCCCAGGAGAAGAACUCACGUGACCAGCUCCUGGCAGCCAUCCGCUCCAGCAACCUCAAGCAGCUGAAGAAGGUGGAGGUGCCCAAGCUGCUUCAGUAGGACCAGGCUGCCAGGCUCUGGUGCCAACACCAUGACCGCCCAGACUCACGUCCCAGGGCUGCACAGACCCCGCCCACCCUGCCCUGGCUGACCCGCAGUGGCUGUCCUAUUCGGCCAUGGGAGCGCGUGAGGCCUGGGCCACGCUCGAGGCAGGGCGCCUCAUCUCUUCUCACUUUCCUUUUCUUGUCUCUGAGGCUCUCUAAGAAUUGCUUUGAUGCCUGGAGCUGAGGUUUCAGACAAGAAGAGUCCUCCUAGCACAUCGUAGAGAAGAUGGCACUGCGUGGGGCCCAUGGAGCUGGCACACUGUAAAAGGCCUGUGAUCCAGGAAAGAUGUCUUCCAGGGACCAUGUAUCCAGCCCAGCCCCACUGCCCUCUGGGGCCAGGAUUCAGGUCUCUGAGGAGCCCUUGGGGCAGAGCUGCUGGGCCAGUGGCACUCUGUGGGCAAUGGUAGAGAGAUCGAAGCCAUGGGGGCCCAUCAGGGGGCGGAUGGCCUGGGCACACAGUGUGUGCUGGAGAGUGGGCUCCAGAUGGGAGGAGAUGGACAGACAGCAGCUGGACCCGAAGGUUUGAUGCCAAAGCAGACAUUUUCCUCACACCCACCUGCUGUUGUAUAAAUAGCUGUGUAUCUGUUUUUCCAUAAGAUUUUGAUAAUAUAUACAACUUUAGCUGCCUUGAA